CGUCGUGAAUUUGAGCUAAAWACGCUUUUUGUGGUACAUAAGCAGACGAUUUUACACGUUUUGAAGCCAGUGCACAGUAGUUGAGGUUUCUAGCCCCGCUCAAAAUGGAUUUUUCAUAUGUUGUGCUGCUCAAACCAUCAGAUAUUCGAUUUACAACUAAUGCCAUCCCAGACCGUUUCGACAACAAUAUCCAGCUGACAGAAACGCUCCUUCAGCUCCAGAAUAAAGAAAUAACAAUGGAAGAUAUUCCUAGAAUGCAAGUAGUUUGGAGCGAGGAGCAUUGGGAGUGGUACACGUUAAACAACAGAAGAUUGUGGGUUUUUCAACAGUUAGAGAAAGAUGGUCAGUGCAAGCUAAUWAAGACUCAUCGUCUCGAAGACAUCAAAUGUAACCCUAAGAUGCUCUACGGCUCUGUUCAUGUCAAAACUCGUGGUCCUCAAACAUUACGCAGGGAGGUCAGAGAGGUCAGCAUCACUUCCUCMAGGUGUAGCAGUCCAGAGAAAACCGUCCGAGGCCAUGGUAAGUACGAGUACCUCGAGACACAAUUGAAGAUUGAGCUGAGUAACAUCGUCAGCGAGGACAGCGCUGGGUACAGAAGUUAUCAUGAAACGCGCACAUGCAAAUACUCCGAGUUCAAGCAGUCUCGUUAUUCAAGACCUCCAAGCAAGUCCUGCCAUCGCCAUCACCCCUACAAGACGUCUGCUUUAGCCAAGCUGGUUCCCAGCGAGAGGUUUUACGCAAGGGCUCAACAGCUKCAGAAUUACCGCUCAUACAAAACGCACGGCCAACGCGGACGUGUCUACGGAAUUGURAGCUAUGGUUUCUGGCGGAAAAGACGCAGGGAGUUUUUUGAGAAGUUUUACUCUGUGCGCAGUGGUCGUCUGAGACCGAARUACCUUCCCGAUGURCUCCAUACAUGUGGUGUUUGCUACAGGAGCUUCAAACGCAGAGUCAGUUUGGAGCAGCAUUGCGAAGAACUACUACAUUACGCGUGCGUACCCUGUGGAAGGUUCUUCACAAGCAUUACUGCACUUGGCCAACAUAGGAAUGCACURGAUCACUAUCUUCCUUAGAAAAGUGAACAUUUACUUUUUUUUUGCCCUAUUUGAAGAAACGUUUCAAACGUCAAAUCGCACAUGUGUUGAUGUCAGUGCGUAAUCAAGUUAAGAGCAGAAAAUCAAUGGCGUAAACUAUAUUCAACCCAUGUAAAAUACGGUGUAUGACUAAACUUGCUUAAAAGUCGCUUUCCGUAGUCUCCUCCGCAGCCGUUUUCAAAGCGUAACGAACGUG